AUGGCCUCAAAGCAGCCUGCCAAGCUGGUGGAUGCCCGUGAUCGCCUCAAGCAUAUCUUUCAGGGAGAUCCACACGCUAUGGAGCUGGACGCCGGUCUUAACCGUCGGACUCAAGCAGAAAACGUCCGCCCGAAACGAUUCACUGCUCCAGCGAUACAUAAACCAGGAGUAAGUGACUCUUGUCCUGAGUUUGAUUUUGAUCCCGUUUCUCCCGUGGAGGUUCCCUCCAACACCCUGUGCAAUUUUUCCUACAUCCGCUCCCAUGUGAUUGGUACCCAAGUCGCAGAUGACAGCUAUUUGACCGAACUCGAUCAGGAUCCCAGUUCUGCCAGCUGCACCCCGGAUCAGAGCCCAAAUGUGAAGGAAUCCUCAGAUAAAUCCGACUCUGAUGAUGACCUCGAGGAUGAGGACACCCUGACCAUGCCUUCGGGCACACAAGACCCGGAAAUCUCCAACCCGACGUCUUUUACCUCCGCUGUGACCAUGGCCCGCUAUGCCGUCAAAUAUUGCAGCGGUAAAUUAGCCAAGACCGUCUCUACUCGAUUCUACAAUGGUGGCAAAUUCUGGAAACGCACCUGGGAUUUGUAUCAUCUGCCAGUUCCCAGGGCUGUUUCCAAGAGGCCGUUCCUUCUUAUUCCCACCGAGCAGGCCCAAGCCCUGCUGGAUGAAAUCAAUACCGCCACAAACUUCCGUCUGACCCUCACCGGCCCAGGCAAGAAAGGUCUUGUGCUUGAAUUCACCGAUGAAGAGCUUGAGCUUUUCCACCCAAAGUUCAUCGGCCGGUCGAGCUGUGUUGAGCAAAAGGAUUCGCUGGUGGCACUUCUCCCACCACCCCUGGACUCUUGGGGUGAUUGGUCAAUCGAAGAUAUGCCAUGGGCCUUGUGCACAUACGAGCUCAAGAUCAAACAAUCCAUUGGCACUAUCAAUGUCGAAAAGGACGCUGACAAGCAGGCAAGGAAGGAGAAGCGAGAGGCCGCCAACAAGAAACUAGAGAUGUGCUUUGGCCGCGUUGCAGCCUACUUUGGGUUGCGGCCUGCAUUGAAGGAAGGUGUUGAGCAGCCCUCAUUUGCCAACGGUGAACUCAAACCAAUUGAUAGUUUGAGCCCCGCUCAGUUCAAUUUCCAAGAUAAGCCGAUCUUCAUCAGCCUUGAUACCGAGUGGAUGGAGGACAGUGGUACCCUCACGGAGGUUGGAAUAUCUGUUCUGGACACAGACAAUUUGCAAGGAGUGGUCCCAGGCGAUUUUGGUCAUAUGUGGCUGUCGCAAAUUCAAGCCCGGCAUCUGCGUAUGGAAGAGUACCGAUUCCAUGUCAACACGAAGUAUCAACAGGGCUGUCCUGACUACUUCAACCAUGGCAAGAGUGAAUUCAUUCAGAGCGCAGAUAUUGCUGAGGUGCUCAACGAGGUGUUCUCGCCCUCUCCUCUGGUGGUAGCCGGCUUUGAGCAGAAGCGAACGGUAAUUCUUGUCGGAGUGAAUCUCAGUAACGACAUUGAUAUUCUCCGGCGCAAGAACUGCCAGGCCUUUCUUGAGCUGGACCCGUCUCUGCCACCUCCUUGUUCCCCUGUCAUUCACGAGGUCAUCGACGUAUCUCAGCUAUACCGGAUCUAUUCCGGGGAUCUUCAGCCUCCAGGAUUGGCAAAUCUGUUGAGAAAUCUGCAGAUCAUCGGACGAGACCUGCACAACGCCGGAAAUGAUGCAUACCACACCUUGGAGGCUUUGGUACGACUCAUGCUUCAAGCAGCUGGUGAGAAGCCACAGUCCUAUGAUGCGCCUGCAUUUCCACUGGUGUUGGAGGGUGAAAAUACAGAAUGUGUGCAGGCUUCCUCUGAGCAGGUUCAAGGCAAGGCCGAUACUUGUGAGAACGAGGAAGACUUGCUGCUGUAG